GUUAUACUCUGCGGCAUGAGGAUUGUAGUGGAGAUCUUACUUUGGGUCUGGAUUGCCCUAGAAUAUGGGGUGAAUUCUGACUCGCUGUCAGAAAUCACAAAUCGAAUGUUUAUUGAACAAUGUGUGAAGGCACACAACGAGGCGCGGUCAUCUGUCGAUCCACCUGCAAGUGACAUGCUGUACAUGACAUGGGAUGAAGGCUUGGCCAUUACCGCAAGAGCAUGGGCAAGGCAGUGUGUAUUUAAACACAACAUCUACCUUAAAGAUGUCCGUCGUGUGCACCCUAACUUCCGUUCUGUAGGAGAGAACAUAUGGGCGGGCUACCCGCCAUCAAGUUUUGAUGUAAGGAAAGCAAUAAUUGAUAAGUGGGUGGGUGAAAAACAAGUCUACAAGUAUACAGCAAACACUUGCUCAAAAGUCUGUGGCCACUAUACACAGGCUGUAUGGGCGAGCAGCUUCAAGGUUGGUUGUGCUGCCCAGCUGUGCCCGAAUGGUGUCAAAGAUACCAACUUUGCCACUAAAGAGGGCGUCAUUUUUGUAUGCAACUAUGCUACAGCGGGUAAUGUGAACGGUGGGCGACCAUAUGCAACACAAGGGGCAGCCUGUUCUAAGUGUGAAGGCACCUGUGAGAACAAUCUCUGCCGUAGCCAAGAACGGGAUCUCGAGAAGAGUUACAACUGGUCCCCAGAUUUGGACCUCUCUGAAGCUGCUCCGGAAAACCGCGGCUCCAACUACGUGACUGUUCUGGUCGCUCGGCCCAUUGCUCUGAUCUGCACUUUUAUUGCUGCAUAUGUAGUCCACUACUUUUACCCAGAUAUGUUCUGCUAUGAAUAGACCUCCUGUGAUGACCUGAUGAAUAUUAAGCCAUGGUUGAGAUGAAGAUGCUAUUUUAUAAACGCCAAAUUUAAAGCGGUUUAUUUUAGGUCCCAACAGAAAUGUGCAUAAAUUGCCACAAAAAUGCAUAUAAAUGAACAAAAUUGAGUCCAAAAUUAUUGUUCCUACAUUAAUCUACACAGGGUACUAAUACACAGGAACUAAUCUGAUCUGAUGUGUGUGCUACAUUACAAUCUACAUUAUUCCAAUGUGUUAUAUUAACACUUUACUCUGCAGCUUUGUAUGUGACACGCUCUAGCCACAAGCCGAACAGGAAACCACAUGGUUGAACGAGAGGUUUACGCAAACAAAAUGGGAUGUUAGAUUUUACUUACUGCCAGGGUACAUGUACAGUGACUAUACGCUGUUAAAAAGCUGCAGCAAUCAAUAUAUUUACAUAGAAAAAUGGAAGACAACCGCACAUAAGCUCCAGUAAUUUUACUAUAAAGACGAAAAAGUUUCAACCACGCUUUGUCUUUCUGAAUGUGUAGUCAAAACAUUGUUAUAUAAUAAAAU